AAAGCACGGCAAAGAAGGAAAUCGGUCGAUCGAUCGAGCGAGCGGGCGAGCGAGAGUCUAGUCAGUCGGGCAGAGGCAGUCAUAUGAGCCUUCGUCGUCGCGGGCCUCCGUCCUUCCGUCGACGUCCGAGUGCAAGAUCGGCACGGCCGCAGCACGCAUUGCAUCGCGUGCCGGGGGCGCGGACAGGCGAUCUGCAAUUCGCACCAUAAUUCCCGUGGUCCCGUCCCGUGCCUUCUCCACUUGUCUCGUCCCGUCCGGUCCUCUCCCCUGCCGCGGAAGAAUUGGAUAUCGCGCAUGUCCGAGCGAGGAGGAGCCCAUGGAGCUGUCGAUUGCGACGGAAUGUCGGGCGAUGGGCGCAAGACCUUGAGGCGAUUGCGAUUGCUACCAUGAACUCGUGCAAAGAUGAGAUCGGGCCAGGUCUGGUAGUUUGAUAUGCGAGGACGUAGACGCGGAGCGGAAGGAGGAGGGGCGCGAUUCCGUGCUGCUGGGAAGGUGUAGAAGGCGACGAAGACGAGGUGAGGCGGUUGAUUUCUGUGUUCUGGAGGUAUGAGGGGCGGCAGAUUUCAGCAAAAGGCUAUCGAAGAUGCCAACACUCGCAAUGCCGAGGCUCUGUUCGAGACCAGGACGGUGGUGGAGAUCCGCGAAGUGGAAGCCCGGACUCGCAAGGAAAUCGAAGAGAAAAAGGAAGAGUUGCGGCAGCUGGUCGGAGCCAGCUAUCGCGAUUUGAUCGAGUCUGCAGAUUCCAUUCUUCUGAUGAGAAAAUCAUGCGAGGCUGUGGCGGAUAAUAUACAGAAAAUGGAGGAGGGUUUUGACUCGCUGAAAAACUCCAUCACUUUGAGCACAGUCUCAUCGGAAUCCGACCGCGAGAGGAAGAGGAGAGAGUCUCUGUUUGGAAUUGGGAGCAGAGUGAAGUAUCUGGUGGAUACUCCCGAGAAAAUUUGGGGUUGUCUGGACGAGCACAUGUAUCUGGAAGGGUCUGAGCGAUACUUGAGAGCCAGGGAGGUGCAUUCUUUGUUGAUUGAAACUUCCGGAAAGGGAGAAAACGCCGAACUUCUUGCCACCUUUCCCCUUCUCAGACACCAAUGGCCUCUUGUAGAAACCUUCAGGGGCCAGAUCUCGCAGAGGAGCAGGGAUAGAUUGCAAGAAACAGGCUUGAAAGUUGGCGAGUACGCCAUUGCUCUCGCUGCUGUGGCGACCAUAGACGAGCUUCCGUCUUCCCAAAUCUUCUCCUUGUUCCUGGAAAUGAGAAGAACGUGGUUGAGAGUACACUUGCGCCAUGCAAUUGCAGGGAGAGACAGAGGAAUCAUCGAUAAGACCGCGAGUGAGACUAAACGAGGUUAUGCCGAUGUGCUAAAGUCAACUCCACCCGAGGACAACGUAUCCAAGGGAGUGUCUUCUUCCGACUUGGAAAGCACUGCUGCAAUUUUGUGUCAGCUCGUGCAUAUGAUCCAAGCAUCUCUGUGUCACGUUGGAGAACUUUUUCUUGAAGUAUCUGGGAAAAUGCCUCUUCUCUUCAGCACAGUACUAACAGCACCCCCUGGUUCCCAGCUUUUCGGAGGCAUUCCAUAUCCUGAAAGAGAGGUUAGAUUGUGGAAGGCUCAAAAAGAGAAACUGGAGACACGCAUGGGAUCGUUGUCAGCCGAGUACAUCACGGAGUCUUGCGUGUCCUGGCUUAGAAAGUGUGCAGGUGAGAUUAUGGUCGAAGGUAGAUUGUUGCUCCAACGUAUCAAAAGUGGUAAAGAAUUGGCGGAAGUAGAGCGGAUUGUUAGAGAAGAUCUAGCCAAGCAGAGUGCUCUAAAUGACAGCUUAGACUGGUUAAAAAGUGCUUUCGGGAGCUCUUUUGAUUCUCCAUGGGACUGUUUGUGCGAGCUUCUUCUGAAGGAGCCGACGAACCUGUGGGAUGCAAUAUUUGAGGGCAUGUUUGUCCGUAGGAUGAAAGAGGUGAUUGAAACAGGCUUCCACAGCAUCAGUAUAGAUGAACUUCUGAAGGACUCACUAUCUAGUGAAGCGAGUGCAAAGGGUCUCGGUAGGCAGAUGCAGAGAGAACACUCCAGCGUUACAGCUAGCACUCCGUGGAAAUAUACAGAAAAUGAGAAUCUGCGGUCGUUUUCAGGGCUGGAAGGUGGAAUGUCGGUGUGGAAGUCGCUCGGUGAUGAGAAAGACAACUCCUCAAAUUCGAACUCGUUCCUGAACCCGGAGGUCAUUAAGGUUAAAGACAGGGUAGAUGAGGGCAUGAGAACUGUUUUGGAGGACUCUCUGAGCUUCUUGUACGGUCCACAAAGUACCGCGAGAACAGAAGAGCUAGCUUCUUAUUUGCAGGAACAAUGCCGAUUGUGCAUGAUCUCUAUAGUCAACGUGUUGACAGGCAAACUUAGCGAACUAUCCGAAAGCAUGAACAAGGCUACAGGAAGGAAAUUUAUGAUUCCUUCAAAUAUUGCUUCCGAAAGAGUGGGCACCUUCUUAGGAAGUAACGGGAAGGCCCUGGAUCCCAAAUCUGAUGAAUCUCUUGAGACCCUGGUAAUAAUAGAAAGAGCUCUUUUCCUCGGAAGGCUGUCAGCAGCUCUGGCAAAGCACUCGUCUGUGCUUCCUGUUAUUCUUGGAUCACCCCUGAAUUGGACUCUGCAGGAUAAAUCAUCUGUGGGUAGCAGAGGAUUGUCGCUGGAGAGGGAAAACUCAUUUGCCGAUAGCCCCGAGAGAUGGUUCCCCAAACGGGGAAAGGCUGGUAAUGCUGUCAGUAAUGAGAUUCCCGUGAAGCUGAAAGAGCUUCAGCGGAUGCUCAGGCAUCAAAGCAUUUCCGCACAUAAGAUGUGGGUUCUUUGGAGUGCAGAAAAACUGAUCGAAGCUUUCACUGGCGACCUGGAAAAGGAUGACUGUCUUGGCACACUGAUUCCUCUGAAAGGUUGGGAAGAGACAUGCUUGAAACAGGAAGAAGAAACAGGGGGUGAAGUUGAAAUGAAGCUGGCACUACCGGCGAUGCCAUCGACAUAUGCUGUUUCGUUUCUGUUUGCCGGUUGUCAAGAAAUUUACCGUGUGGGUGGUCACGCUCUUGAUAGAGCAGUGCUCCAGUUUUUUGCUUGGAAGCUUUGUGAAAAGGUGUUGAAGACCUAUGAAGAUUUUUUUGCAGAUUCCUCUGUCAUGAAUAACAGGGUGUCAGAAAAAGGCCUUCUACAGCUACUAUUCGAUUUACGUUUCCUCGCUGAUGUUCUGUCAGGAGGUCAAGAUGUAUCGAUAGAAAAUUUGGACAAUGAAGACUUGGCUCAUGAAGCUCUUGGUCUUGGUAGUCGCAGGAAGGCACCAACUGCACAGUCGGACAAGUCUUCACAAACUCGAAAAAAAUGGGUUUCAAAUCUUCUUUCAACGCUGCCAGCUAGAUUGGAUCCUAUCGAUUGGGCGACGUAUGAGCCACAUCUGUGGGAAAACGAACGGCGUUACUACCAGCGAUGUGCAGUCCUUUUUGGUUCACUCAUUCAGCUGAACCGCCUCUACACGGAUACUGUGUUGAAGCUACCUUCUCACGCGGACACGAACACUCUGAAUAUGACAGGGACUGUUCCGAGAUUCACAUAUCUUCCAAUUAGUGCACCUAUCUUCUCUGUCUCGGGAGGAUCAGCAUCAAGGAUGCCGAGACAGUUGUCACAAGAUGAUUCUAGCUCAGGGCUUUGGUCGGGUUACAACAAUUCGGACGAUGGGUACAAGUAUGGAUCCUCAGAUGUUCAAAGCCAGUCAUCUGUUGCAAGUGCAAGACCGUUGAUUAAGUCUCUUAUGGGACAAGUGGGAAGCAGGUUUGGAGAAGGUUUGAAGUUAGGUUUGCUGAGCGAUGGCCAAGUUGAGCGUCUCAAAGACAAGUCUGCUGCAGCUAUAUCAACUUUUGGAGAUAUGUUACCUGUUCAAGCUGCAGGACUGUUCUCGUCUUUGACUGCUGGUGGAAACAAAGAGUAAAUGGAAUCAAAGGAAGUCUGUGAUGCUGAGGAGCGGGUGCCAUGCUUGCCAUCAAAACCAUGUGGCAGCUUCUGCAUUCUCAGGAUAUAAAUAUCAUCCACAACAGCCAUGGGAAGCCACAGGAAGUAUCUACAAGACAAUCUCAUUCAAUGCCCAGGUGACAAUUUUUUCGGCCCUUCAGCGUUCAAGUAAAAGCAGUAGUCCGCUGGGGGUUUACUGAGUUUUCUACGUGUAAUUUGUUAUAUUCUUUUAGUUGUAGCCACUUGGUGAGCGGCUUACACAAUUCAUUUAAUAGAGCAAUUCUUAAGGAACCAUGAUUCCAGGAUCUACCUCUCUUGUGGACAAUCUGUCGGAUGGGCUCAACUUGUACUUCGUUAUUUCAGCAUGAGCUGCCAAUGUCGAGUGUUUCUCUACUGUGGUCAGAUUUCCUUCGAAGAGAGCCAGUUAGAUCAAGAAAUGAUAUGCUAACGCUACAUAACUAGCAAUGUGGUCUUCCUAUUGUCGCCUGCAAGUCCUUGGAUACUAGUGGUUGGUCCUGAAAGACGAGUUCGGCUUGCAAGCCCUGAUAUAUCAAUAAAACGUCCAAUGCAGACUAUCAG